GCUCUCGGCCGCCACCGCCGCUCCAGCUCCAGCGCCGGCUCCGCCUCGCCUGCCGCCGCCUGCCCGCCCGGCCCGGCCCGGCCGCCGCGCUCAGCCCAGGCGCACGGGUAGGUGUGAGGAAGAGAAGUUUGCGGGAACAUGGCUCGUACCAAGCAAACUGCCCGUAAAUCCACCGGCGGGAAGGCACCCAGGAAGCAGCUCGCUACAAAAGCAGCUCGCAAGAGCGCGCCCUCUACUGGCGGGGUCAAGAAACCUCAUCGCUACAGGCCGGGUACUGUAGCUCUCCGUGAAAUCAGACGUUAUCAAAAGUCUACUGAACUUUUGAUCCGCAAACUUCCCUUCCAGCGUCUGGUGCGUGAAAUUGCUCAGGACUUCAAAACAGAUCUGCGCUUCCAGAGCGCUGCUAUUGGUGCUUUGCAGGAGGCAAGUGAAGCCUACUUGGUUGGCCUGUUUGAAGAUACCAACCUGUGUGCUAUCCAUGCCAAACGUGUCACAAUCAUGCCAAAAGAUAUCCAGCUAGCACGUCGCAUACGUGGAGAGCGUGCUUAAACUCCACUAUGAUGGGCUUAUCAUUCUCAACACAAAAAAAAAUCUCUUCUUCCUGUUUAUUGGUAGUAAUGAACGUUAGAUAUUUUUUCCAUGGGGUUAAAAGGUACCUAAGUAUAUGGUUGCAAAUGGAAAAAUAGGGGACAGAAUCGGGUAUUGGCAAGUUCUGUUUUGUUUUGGGUUUUUUUUCCAUUUUCAUUUGUGUGUGGAUUUUUAAUAUAAAUGCGGGGACAUAAAGCAUUAAUGCAGUCAAAAAUGUUUCAGUGAACAAGUUUCAACAAUUCAACUUUAUAACAAUUAUAAAUAAACCUGCGAAUUUUUCUGGACAAUGCCAGCAUUUGGAUUUUUUUAAAACAAGUAAAUUUCUUAUUGAUGGCAACUAAAUGGUGUUUGUAGCAUUUUUAUCAUACAGUAGAUUCCAUCCAUUCACUAUACUUUUCUAACUGAGUUGUCCUACAUGCAAGUACAUGUUUUUAAUGUUGUCUGUCUUCUGUGCUGUUCCUGUAAGUUUGCUAUUAAAAUACAUUAAACGACA